GGGCCAAUUGGAGGCGCAAUCACCGCUCGACCCGGGCGCAGCGCGCAGGCGGUGGCGAAGAGACGCCGAGCGGGCCGAGUGCGGCCGAGCAAAGCCGGAGUCGGAGCGGGGCCGCAGGAGCCGGGCUGGGUCCGGACGGGCCGAGAUGCCCUAUAAACUGAAGAAGGAGAAGGAGCCCCCCAAGCUUGCCAAAGGCACGGCCAAGCCCAGCAGCUCGGGCAAGGAUGGUGGAGGCGAGAGCACCGACGAGGCCCAGACGCAGCCGCAGCCACAGCCCCAGCCCCAGCCCCAGCCCCCAUCAUCCAACAAGCGUCCCAGCAACAGCACGCCACCCCCGACACAACUCAGCAAAAUCAAGUAUUCCGGAGGGCCCCAGAUUGUCAAGAAGGAGCGACGGCAAAGCUCAUCCCGCUUCAAUCUCAGCAAGAAUCGGGAGUUGCAGAAGCUUCCUGCCCUGAAAGAUUCGCCCACCCAGGAGCGGGAGGAGCUCUUUAUCCAGAAGCUGCGCCAGUGCUGCGUCCUCUUUGACUUUGUAUCAGAUCCGCUCAGUGACCUCAAAUUCAAGGAGGUGAAGCGGGCAGGACUCAACGAGAUGGUGGAGUACAUCACCCACAGUCGUGAUGUUGUCACGGAGGCCAUUUACCCUGAGGCGGUCACCAUGUUUUCAGUGAACCUCUUCCGGACCCUGCCACCUUCAUCGAACCCCACUGGGGCCGAGUUUGACCCUGAAGAGGAUGAGCCCACCCUGGAAGCUGCCUGGCCCCAUCUGCAGCUCGUGUAUGAGUUCUUCUUACGUUUCCUUGAGUCUCCUGAUUUCCAGCCAAACAUAGCCAAGAAGUAUAUCGACCAGAAGUUUGUCCUUGCCCUCUUGGACCUGUUUGACAGUGAGGACCCUCGAGAGCGGGACUUCCUCAAGACCAUCUUGCAUCGCAUCUACGGCAAGUUUCUGGGGCUCCGGGCUUAUAUCCGUAGGCAGAUCAACCACAUCUUCUACAGGUUCAUCUAUGAGACAGAGCAUCACAACGGGAUUGCUGAGCUCCUCGAGAUCCUUGGCAGCAUCAUCAACGGCUUCGCCUUGCCCCUUAAGGAAGAGCACAAGAUGUUCCUCAUCCGUGUCCUGCUUCCCCUUCACAAGGUCAAGUCCCUGAGUGUCUACCACCCGCAGGUGAGCCGCCUUCCUCCUGAUGGUCCCUGCCUGGCAGCAGAGAGCGAGGGGAAGCUGGCUUACUGUGUGGUACAGUUCCUGGAGAAGGAGAGCAGUCUCACAGAGCCGGUGAUUGUAGGACUUCUCAAGUUCUGGCCCAAGACCCACAGCCCCAAAGAAGUCAUGUUCCUGAAUGAGCUUGAGGAGAUUCUGGAUGUCAUUGAACCUUCAGAGUUCAGUAAAGUGAUGGAACCACUCUUCCGCCAGCUUGCCAAGUGUGUCUCCAGCCCCCAUUUCCAGGUGGCAGAGCGUGCCCUCUAUUACUGGAACAAUGAGUACAUCAUGAGCCUGAUAAGUGACAAUGCUGCCCGAGUCCUCCCCAUCAUGUUCCCUGCCCUCUACAGGAACUCCAAGAGCCACUGGAACAAGACAAUCCAUGGACUCAUCUACAAUGCGCUGAAGCUGUUUAUGGAGAUGAACCAGAAGCUGUUCGAUGACUGCACACAACAGUACAAGGCAGAGAAACAGAAGGGCCGGUUCCGAAUGAAGGAAAGAGAAGAGAUGUGGCAAAAGAUCGAGGAGCUGGCCCGACUUAAUCCCCAGUAUCCCAUGUUUCGAGCCCCGCCACCACUGCCUCCCGUAUACUCAAUGGAGACAGAGACCCCCACGGCAGAGGACAUCCAGCUUCUGAAGAGGACAGUGGAGACAGAGGCCGUGCAGAUGCUGAAGGACAUCAAGAAGGAGAAGGUGCUGCUGCGGCGGAAGUCAGAGCUGCCCCAGGACGUGUACACCAUCAAGGCGCUGGAGGCACACAAGCGGGCGGAAGAGUUCCUAACUGCCAGCCAGGAGGCUCUCUGACCCCCUCACCGUCCUACCACAGGGCCACAGCCCACUCAGCCCUGGGACGCUGCCCUAGCCCUCCACCCUCUGCUCCCCACUGGCUGACUCGGGGCAAAGCAGUGCCUCUCUAGCUACUCUAGGGAGGGGAUGCGGCACUUGAAGCGGGGACCCUCACACAAUGGUCCCCUUCUCCCCCAAAUGUGUUCAUGCCUGCCUGUGGCUAGUACAGACAGGCUGAGCACCGAGGUCCUCCGUGCUCAGACAACUUGGGGAUGCCUGUCCCCCUCCUGCUCCCAACCCCACAGCGACCUGGGGCUGCUCUGAGAGACACACACAGGAAUACAUAGGCUCCUCUCCCUUCCCUUUCUCAUUCGAACUCCAGGUGUCCUUCCUUCUCUCCCUCCCCUGCAGAAGCAUAUAGGGAGCAGCAGGAAAUGACUCUCACCAAAGUGAUGUCAAGCCCCAUUGGCCCCUGGAGUAGCUGGAGGGGAGCCAACCCCCAAAAGGCACAAGUAGGCCCCCAGCCCCAGCAGCGUGCAGGCUGAUGGGGUUGGAUUAUUUUCUCUUACCCCCUGCCUGACCAAGAGAACAUGGGAGGUCCGAAGGAGAAAAGCACAGGCUAUGGACAAUAGGUGAUGAAUAUAGGGCCCAGAUGGACCAAGAGAAGGGGGUGAACAAACACCCUACCCUGUGCCCCCUCUUUGGUGAGCAGCAGCCCUGGGAUCACAGACAUGGCAGGGACCACCCUGGGGCUGACUGCUUUCCUGUGCUGUUGGUUCCCAAAGCUAGGAGGGAGCAGUGCCCCAAGCAUGGCUCCCCCAACACCUAUUUAUUUCCUUGUUUGUGCUGAUGAUGGGCAGGCCCCCAUUUGUCCCUUUCGGACACCUUGGAGGGGCAAGGGGCUGAGGAGGGCCAGACCCAGGUUCCAGGGGCACAGGCAGUGCAGCUUUUGGCUGUGUACAUAGGGUGCUUUAUUCUCCACAGAGUGAUACAUGCUAAGAUGGGUUGGGCUUGGGCCGAUGUCCCCAUAUGUACAGAACUGAAUAAAGUGGGUCUCUGAGAA